AUGCCAGAGCCAACGACUGGGAAACCUCUUCCACCUGGAAUGAUUUUGGGUCCAGACGGGAAGCCGUGUAAAGUUUGUACCUCCUUUAGGCACUGGAAGCCUGCUGUAGCGACCAGGGAACAGGCUCGAAGUAAAACAGCUGCUUCAGGUGCUGCUACUACUCUCGCAGCUUCUUCCACUUCAGCUUCAUCGGAAAUUCGACGAGCCGAUUGUCCACCAGACUCUGAAGAGCUUGGUCGCGCUACUUGGACGUUCUUACACACCACGGCGGCGUACUACCCCGAACGACCUUCACCUGCACAACGCGCAAAUAUGCUAACUCUGAUACGCUCUUUACCUGUACUUUAUCCCUGCACACAUUGUGCAGAUGACUUUGGUCAAGAUAUCAAAGUGAACGCGCCCGAUGUCAGUGGGAGGGUUGGAUUAAGUAAGUGGUUGUGCGAGAGACACAACGAGGUGAACAAGAAACUAGGGAAGGCAACUUUUGAUUGCGCGAAGACGGACGAAAGAUGGAAGGAUGGUCCAGCUGAUGGAAGUUGUGAUUGA